AUGUUUGGGACAAAUGGCAUCACGUGUCUUAGUCAGGCGAAGUCCUUCAAAGGAAUCAAAAGCAACGGUCUAUUUCAGGCACAGACAUCAAAAUUACGUAACUACAAAGUAGUCAUCCCUCACAUUGUUCUGGACCGAUCAAAAAGGGAGGACAAACCUAGUGAACGAUCAAAAGAGGAAGUAAAGCCAGAGAGGCUGACAUAUUCUUUGAGCAUUGAGAACAAGGACCACUUUCUCCAUCUGCAAAAGAACAAAGAAUUUAUAGCAAAGUCCUUUGUGCAGCACUCUCAUGGUGCCAAUGGUAAUCUGGUGACCUCCUAUCCUAAAGUGACUAAUGGUUGUCAUUAUCAUGGACAUGUGGAGGGGCAUGAAAAUUCCCUGGUGGCUCUCAGCACCUGCACAGGCCUGAAGGGUGUCAUUCUUAUUGGGAAUCAGAGUUAUGGACUUGAGCCAGCUGUCAAAUCUACAACCUUUGAGCACCUCCUGUUCCCACUGUGGGACAGCCACCCUGAGCAAUUUGUUUGUGGAGUGACUGAUGAGAUGUCUCAAUCUAAUGGCCACACCUUCCCUGACCCCUCAUUUACAAUGAGCAGGCUUUUCAGAAAAAAACGUAACUUGCCUCUACCCAGAUAUGUUGAGUUGGUUUUGGUUGUGGACAAGAAGAGGUUUGACUUCAAGAAAGGCAAUGCCACAGCUGUGCGAGAGGAAAUGGUGGACCUGGCUAACCUGCUGGACGGGUACUACAAGCAGCUGAACAUCUACGUGAUCCUGGUGGGACUGGAGAUCUUCGAGGACCAGAACCCUUUCAGCGUGGAUGACCCGCCCUCCACGGUGCUGGGGAACUUUGUCAAGUGGCGGAAAAAGGAUCUGCUCCCCCGCAUCAGGAAUGACGUGGCGCAGUUGAUUGUGGGGCGGAACCGGUCGUAUGGAGGGGUCCUGGGCAUGGCGUUCGUGGGCAGCGUGUGUUCUGCGGCCUCCGCUGGAGGAAUCAGUGUGUUUAGUGACAAUCGUCUGCAGUUCGUAUCCACCGUGGUUGCGCACGAAAUGGGCCACAACCUGGGCAUGAGCCACGAUGGAGUCAACUGCGACUGCGGUGGAGGGAGUUGCAUCAUGGCUGCCUCUGCGGGGGGGUCGACCAAGUUCAGCGACUGCAGCGGCGACGAUUUCGAGAGGCUGGUCCUCAGAGGGGGCGGGCUCUGCCUGAAAAACCAGCCGUCCCCCUCGGACAUCGUCACGGUGGCGGACUGCGGCAACGGGCUGCUGGAGGCGGGGGAGCAGUGCGACUGUGGCAAACCAGAGGUGUGCAAAGACAAGUGCUGCGACGCGGCCACCUGCAACUUCACCUCGGGAUCGGUCUGCGCGCAGGGCGCCUGCUGCCAGGACUGCCAGAUCAAGGUGGCAGGAACGCCAUGCAGGACGUCUGUCAACAUCUGCGACCUGCCGGAGUUCUGUAACGGGCGGUCGGCCUUCUGCCCUGCAGACUUCUACAUCAUGGACGGGCUGUCGUGCGCCAACAACACCGCCUAUUGCUUUGAAGGCCGCUGCCAGACUUACGACUUCCAGUGUCAGCAUCUUUUCGGUGGAGCUGCAAGAAAGGCAGAUGACAUUUGCUUCAACGUGGUCAACUCAAGAGGAGACCGGUUUGGAAACUGUGGUGCCCAAGGGUCGAAGUAUGUCGAAUGUGCCUCUGAGAAUUCUAUGUGUGGGAAGGUUCAGUGCACCAAUGUCGAUGCAAACUUUCCACCGAAAGGGUCCACAAUCACUGUGGAGGACAUUCAGAGUGCCCGUUGUGUGAAUGUCGACUUUAACUUGGGCACAGACGUCCUAGACCCCGGCUAUGUUAGUACAGGAAGUAGCUGCGGUAAAGGGAAGGCUUGCCUGGAUUUCAAGUGCAUCAACUCCUCAGCACUGAUACAGGAAAAAGAUUGUGAUGCUCCGACGACUUGUCAUGGCCAAGGGGUGUGCAAUGACCAGGGACACUGUCACUGUAACGAUGGGUGGGGUCCACCAUCCUGUAACACAGCAGGAAGAGGGGGCAGCAUUGACAGUGGCCCCGCCCAGAUAGACUACUCCCUCAGGAACGGCCUGCUGAUAUUCUUCUUGUUGGUUGUUCCCUUGCUCAUCCUCAUUGCCCUUGUGCUGAUCUACAUAUUCAGGAGGGACUGGAUAAUGGUCCUUUUCAGGAACAAACCAAGAAAUCCACCAAGUGGCAGUGGCCAGACACGUGCAGCACCACAGACCCAGACACAGAGCACCCCAUCUUUUCAGCCACCUCCUGCAUACCCAGAAGUUGUCUCAGGACUCCCACCCAGUUACGAAGAACUGUACCAGGCCAAUGUUCAUCAUCCUGCGCCAAGGCAAGGGCCGGGUGUACCCAGACCCAUACCUUCAAGCAACCUCAGUCCAUCCCAUUAGACCCCUGACUCAGCUAGCUGAUCUUCGCAUCACACUCAGUGGAUUUUCUUUCAUUGUUUUCUACUCACUGUGUGGAUGUGCCCUGAGUUUACAAGGCAGUGUCAUCUUUAAGUGGAAUUUGAUUUUUGUUUUUCGUGAAGACUUCAGGAUUUCUUUUUCUUUUCUACAUGGGCAACUUAAAAGUCAUUACUCAGUUAAGAUUUUGUUAGAUGCAAUUAUUUUGUUUGAACAGAACUGAAGCCCAUUACAGUGAAAGGUGUGUUCAGCCCAUUUUCUCCCAAUAUGCUAAUGUAAAAAAAGAGUGUUUACUUUAUUCAUAAUGCAGUCAUAAAAUAAACCUGUGAUUUUGUACACAGUUUUAUCAAGUCAGUGAACAGAGAGAAUGGCAGAAUGCCAUUUCUGUCAUUUUUAAUUCCAUUCCAAGUAUUUGUAAAUGAAAAAUGCAUAUUUUAUAAAGGCACUAUGAUUGCAAAUAUUUUAAUGAAAAACUAUAAUUUUUUUUAAAUGAAUAUAUUAACGUAUGAUUGAUUGAUAUAAAUAAAAUUUAUUUGUUAAACAA